GGGGCCCAAGGCACCCUCAGAGAAGUACAAGAAGGUGUACGACUUUCUGAUGGAACAGUGGACCAAUGAUCCGUCGCAUCGGCCCUAUGAGAAGAUCCGGGAAACCAUUCGGAUGGACCGCUAUCGAGAUUGGACAAAGCGGUUCAUGUCCUCUGAGCAUUGGGAUCCCAACCCCUUGCUCUUUCUGCCAGCCUGCGUGGCUGAAAGCGAAAUGGUCCGCUACCGUCGGGCAAGGGAUUAUCAGAUUUUGCACCGCUCUGCUGCCAAGCUUUGGAGUCAUGGGGUUGACAUGAGCACUGCUCUCAAAAUCAUCCGAGAAGCAGUGGCCGAGCGACUCGAGAUGCCUCCAAAGAAGCGGACCAGUGGCAGUGGUGGAGGGGCGGGAGGGGCCAAGAAGGCCAAGAAGGGCGGAGACUUACCAUCGAUUGCCCCUGAUGCCCUGAAGCUCCCCCAUAUGUCCUUUGCGACCAUCCAUGUCACGGUGGUUGAUGCAGACUCCAGCAAAGUGGUGGAUACGAAUCGAGGCGUAACUUUGAGCGCCUCGAUCCGAAGACGGCCAAACGCCUUCACGUUGCUAUACCAACUGGAAUUCCUUUGCCGCACGGGCAUGAGCCGUGAGCUCUCCAUUGCCUCGCUACAGGCCUAUGACAGCGUGGCACAGUUCGCCGCUGCGUACCAACUUGGCGCUGCUGAAAGUGGAGCAGCAGUCAACCUCUUGCGCAACAUCGCCCCUUCUGUGAAGAAUGCGCUGACAGAGCUUGUGGCGCGCUUUACAAUGCCAAAAUUCCUGACUCAUGAACCGCUUGCCAGUGGGUGGUUCAACAACGACUACUGCUCGGGUACUGGAACACUUCAAUCUUGGAGCAAGGCCCUUACCAAUACUGAAGAAUUGGCCAAGCUGCUGGUGAGCCGAAUGGAGAAAGACUAUGAGAACCUCCAGCGGGUGUGUGGCGGGUUCCUGGCAGCCGUGGAACGGUACAAAGAGAUUGUCCCCAAGCACUUCCUGGAUGCCACCCUGCCUGAGAUCGAGAAAUCGCUGCAGCAACAGCUUUUGCAAGCUACCUGGGCUCAAACUGAGCUCAACUUCGAUGCUGAUUUGCUAAAGAUGAAUGCAUGGGCCCGGAAGUACGACAUUUUCAGUCAACAACAGGCCAUGAUGGACUUCAAGUAUCUCAGCGACCGGUGUGCCAAAGGUACAGAGCGUGUGAAUGCGUUCCUCAAUGACAAACAUAGGCUCCAUUCCUUUGACAACCUUGUCAUGGGACACGCCGCUAUCGUGGAAAUGCAAGCUGCGAUGAACAACCAGGGGCUCACAGUUCUGGUGUUCGACGCUACGUUGUGGCCAUCCCGUGCACUGGCACUGGACGAGGCAGUGCAGGUGUGCCAGACAGUAUCGUCCGGAAACCCGCGCACUCUCUGCUUCUUUCUUCUUCCACAGUGGCACAGCAUUUAUGUUCAAACAGGUGUGGCUGCGGUUGUCAGUGGCGGCUCUGGCUCAUCGGCGUCUGCGUGGGUCAAGAGCCACGCGUUGAUGGGAUCCAUAGCAGGUAUCGAGCGCAGCAGAGUGAACGAACUGGUCAACCCUGACCCAGAUAAGCCGCUAGCACCACACUUCAGGGUGCAGCAGAGAGGAGUGGCAGCCACCAAAUCAAUAAUCACCCAGCUCUUGGAGGGCAUGACUUCUGGUGAGACUACCCAACUCCUUGUGGUGGAUCUUUUGCCAUCAAGAUUUGCUGAAUGGUCUGCCGCUUGCUGGGAGUUCCAGAAGGAAGCCCUCUUGGGCUCGGGCGAUGGUCUUGAUGUUCGCUUCCUGGCUGUCUAUGACAAAGACAAUGCGCACAUUCUGGCAACCUGGCGUGAAUGCAUGGUCGGCCGGGUAAUGUCUCAAUGGUGGGACCAAUGCGCUGAUGCAGGACCCAAGGCCAGGGAAACCACACGGUUUCAGGAGGAACCUCCAUCCCUGGAAAUCCUUAGCAUUGGUUCUGAUUCAUCUUGCGUGGUGAGUCUUGGAACAAUUCGAUAA